AUGAGCCAGGGCGGCACAGAGAGCGAGCCCGAGGCCAAGGUGUUACACACCAAGAGGCUGUACCGGGCUGUAGUGGAGACUGUGCAUAGGCUAGAUCUCAUAAUCUCCAACAAAACUGCGUACCAAGAAGUCUUUAAACCUGAGAACAUCAGCCUCCGCAACAAAUUACGAGAACUGUGUGUAAAGCUCAUGUUCUUACAUCCUGUGGAGUAUGGACGCAAGGCUGAAGAAGUCCUCUGGCGAAAAGUUUAUUAUGAAGUUAUUCAGCUCAUCAAGAACAACAAGAAGCACAUCCAUAGCCGCAGUGCCUUGGAAUGCGCAUAUCGCACUCAUCUGAUUGCAGGAGUCGGGUUUUACCAGCACCUCCUGCUCUACAUCCAGUCACAUUACCAACUUGAGCUACAGUGCUGCAUCGACUGGACCCAUGUCACGGACCCUCUCAUUGGCUGUAAGAAGCCAGUGUCUGCCUCUGUGAAAGAAAUGGAUUGGGCGCAGAUGGCGUGCCACAGAUGUCUUGUGUACCUAGGAGACUUGGCACGCUAUCAGAACGAGUUGGCUCUGGUGGACACUGAAAAGCUGGCUGAGAGGUUUUACUACCAAGCACUAACUGUUGCACCCCAGAUCGGAAUGCCAUUUAACCAGUUGGGCACGCUGGCGGGAAGCAAGUACUAUCACGUGGAAGCUACCUACUGCUACAUGCAUUGUAUCCAGUCUGAGGUGUCUUUUGAUGGAGCUUACGGUAACCUGAAGAGACUGUACAACAAAGCGGGGAAAACCUAUCAUCAACUGAAGAAGUGUGAGACCAGGAAACUUGCCCCCAGCAAAAAAAGAUGCAAGGAUAUAAAGCGAUUUCUUGUGAGUUUCAUGUAUCUACAAAGCCUGUUGCAGCCAAAGAGUAGCUCUGUGGACUCUGAAUUGACCUCCCUUUGCCAGUCGGUCCUUGAAGACUUUAACCUCUGCAUGUUCUACUUGCCUUCAUCUCUCAGUCUGAGCUCAGCCAACGAGGACGAGGAGGAGUAUGAUGGGGGAUAUUCCUUCCUACCUGAUUUGCUGGUCUUUAGGAUGGUGGCUAUCUGUCUGAUGAGCGUCCACAGCUUAAAGCGUGCAGAUUCAAAGCAGUACAGCGCUGCCAUUGCAUUCACCCUUGCACUUUUCUCGCAUCUGGUUAACCACGUUAACAUAAGGCUGCAAGCUGAGCUGGAGGAGAGUCCCGUGCCUGCAUUCCAGAACAACAGCCCAGAUGACCCAGAUACGAAAGAGAUUUCAGAAGUUAUUGAGAGAGACCCGGAAACGGAGCCAGAAAUACCCGUUAACCAGGUCACCAAACAGCCAAAGCCAAAGAAUGGCAAGAAAAGCCACAAGUACUCGCGCCUGUCUCGACUUCGUAGGCGAAGGCAUGCUCGAAAAGUGGAUGAGAGUGACUUGAGCGAAGGCUUUGACUCUGAUUCCAGCCAUGGCUCAGCCAAAGGUAGUGACAUUUCUGAAAGUGCGUCCGAGAAGAGCGAUGAAGAGGCUGCUUUUGAUAUGGAGACAGACUCCGAUAUGAACAGUCAAGAAUCACGUUCUGACUUGGAGGAUAUUGAGGACGACAACGUGGAGGAGAAUGCGUGCGCAAAGGAAGCAAAGGGCCCAUCAGAAAUCUCAACAGAGGAGCCAGAGUUGAAGACGGUAAACUCUGCAAAGACCGAGAGUCAUGAACUCCCGGUAAAUGGAUCUGGAGUGGCCUCUAGUGAAUCCAGUAUAGCGAGCAACCUGCAGGCUAUGUCUACCCAGAUGUUUCAAACCAAACGCUGCUUCCGUCUGGCACCGACGUUCACCAAUCUGUUUGUGAAGCCUGUGCCAGAACAGGCCCCCCCUUGCUCUGAAGAGCCGGCCCCAGUAGUGAAUGGGGAUGUGGAAAAGUCAGUCUCACUGGAACAAGAUGCUUCGGAUUCUGAUGAGAGUGUCCUGAGCAGCAAAUCGUGCCGUAACGAGAGAACGAUCCAGGAAAGGUUGGAGGUCAUCACAAGCGAGGCGCUGCUGACCAGUGUCAAAAUCUUUCUGGAUUGGCUGAGGGCCAACACGGAUAUAAUUGUCAUGUGUGCACAGAGCUCCCAGAGUUUGUGGAACUGAAUAUCAGUCCUUUUAAAUCUCUUACCUGCUGCUGGAAAGAUUCUCGACUCUGGGAUCACACUGUGUAAUGAGGUGAAAAACCUUCUCCCGGAAUCAGAAUUCCCAGAGAUCCGGCAACACCUGUUGCUCCCUGAGGACACAGCAUUGCGGAACCUCCCUCCUUUGAGAGCUGCACACAGGAAGGUCAACUUCGAGCAAGAGAGACCCGUACUCACUGUACUGGAAGAGUCCAUUGUACGCAGCUGCUACAUCCGAAGCUUUGGGCACUUUCUGACUCGUCUGCAAGUCAAUGUCCUGCAGUAUAACACUGAGCUGGGACUCUUCACCAGUAUCUCUGAAUACGAGCAGGACAACCUCAUGCACCAGGCACAGGCACAGUUCCGAAUGGCGCAGGAAGAGGCUCGGAGAAAUCGGCUCAUGAGGGAUAUGGCACAGCUCAGACUGCAGCUGGAGGUCUCGCAGUUGGAGAGAACUCUUCAGCACCCCAAAUCUCAAUCUGCCAUGUCCCCGUACCUUGUCCCAGACACUCAGACGCUCUGCCAACAUCUAGGCAUCAUUAGGCAGCUGGCCAACAGUGGCCGGUUCAUCAUCAUCAUCCCACGGACAGUUAUAGAUGGCUUGGACAUCCUGAAAAAGGAGAAUGCUGGGGCCCGGGAUGGGAUUCGAUAUCUGGAAACAGAGUUUACAAAGGGAAAUAGGUAUAUUCGCUGCCAGAAAGACACGGGUAAAAGUUUUGAGAGAAAUAAACUGAAGAGACAGGACACAGAUGCCUGGCACCUGUACAAGAUUUUGGACAGCUGCAGGCAGUUGACUGUAUCACAAGGAAACAAUGCAGACGACACUGCUGGGAUGGUGACCAUUUUAACCAGCUUUCAUCUCAAUGAGCCGGACUGCUUGACGGCCGCCGUGCAGUCCGCUUUGCAGGUGGCCUCAAACGCCAACAUCGAAAUCAAGAACGUGCUGACUUUCUACAAGCAGUGGAAGGAGAUGGGCUGA